AUGUUUGUAAGUGGUGCCGAUCGUGAAUUGAUAAGUGCAAAAGAAAUGCGUAAGCAAAUCAAUGAAUGGGGUGCAAAUAAUAUAACAGCAAUCUCACCCAUCAAAAUUGAAAAGCAAAUACCAGAAGACAAUAGUUCAUUACUUCGAUUAACUUUUGAUGGAAGUGAUAUCAAGGGUCCUCCUGGAGAACCAGGCAAACCAGGUAAAGACGGAGAACCUGGAAAAGAUGGCAUAAACGCUUUUAAAAAGAUAAAAGUAAACAAUGAGUCAUUAACACCAAAACAACCCAUAACACUUGAAAUAGAUGCCCCUAACUCUGAAAUUGAUGGCGACAAUCACACCAUAAAACUUAAAGUUAGGGAUGGUCGUGAUGGCAAGGACGGAGAGGAGGAUGGUAAACCUGGAAAAGAUGGAAAAGAUGGGGAUGCCACUGAUUUUAUUAAGAAGUCGCCAGGUGGUGGAGAAUGA